GGGACAGGUCUCACAAACGUUAAUCUACAUAUGAAACUUGAUAUUUUACUUUCGUAUCUCCGCGUUUAUGCCCAAAUUGUCAAGUCCUCGCGAGCAAGUCGGGGCAUGACCCAACCGUCCUGCUGAGACGAUGAAACUCGUUAGCAUUGCCAUAAUUCUUAUCAGACUUGGCAAAUUAUGUUUUGAUAAGAACGAUAGUUUGGGCUCGAGAUAUAAGAACUGGCCAUUGGUUAGUUAGUGAAAAUGGGAGAAGUCGAAGUCCAGCAGGCUGCUAUCACAGCCCCAACUCCGGAUGUGGAGAAGAGCAAACCAGCUCAGGGAUAUGAUGAAGCUGCAGAUAUCUUCGACGGCCAACAUGGGGAUACUGUGCUUGAGUAUACCGAGAAAGAGGCUACUAUUGUGCGAUGGAAGAUUGAUUUUAUUAUUGUGCCAAUGAUGUGUAUCAGCUAUGUUUUGUCUUUUAUUGAUAAGGCUAUAUUAUCCACUGCAGCAGUAUAUGGGCUGCAGACCGAUCUGCAUCUCCAUGGCCAGCAAUACAGUUGGGCGUCGUCUAUAUUUUACUUUGGGUUCCUUGUCUGGCAGUAUCCCAAUUCCAUUUUCAUGCAAAAACUCCCCAUAGGUCGAUGGGUCGGAUCCAUGAUUUUCCUCUGGGGUCUCUGUCUUGCUGCAUCUGCUGGGUCCACGAAUUUCGCUACCCUGGCCGUGAGUCGUUUCUUCUUGGGCGUAUUCGAGGCUACAAACAAUCCUGCCUUUACUCUGCUAGUAAGUCAAUACUUUACUCGACGCGAACAUGCACUUCGCUCUGCAAUCUGGUGGGCUGGUGGUCCGAUUGGGGCUUUUAUUGGCGACGGGGUCUCGUUUGGAAUCGGGCAUCUGCAUGGAAGUCUGGGACAGUGGCAGUAUUUAUUCCUCAUAUUCGGACCUAUCACCAUGGCCUGGGGAUUGCUCCUUUUUUUCUCCAUGCCCAAUUCACCGAUGACAGCAUGGUUCUUGACGCCGCGGGAAAGAAAAAUCGCAGUUGUACGGGUCCUGCAAAAUCACACUGGCUUGCAAAACCGACAGUACAAGUUGUACCAGGUCAAAGAAUGCUUUCGAGAUCCUCAGGCGUGGAUGUUGUUUGCGAUUGUAUUUCUUCAAUGUAUCCCUGGUGGGGGACUAACAGCGUUCAACAAGAUAAUUCUCACCGGAUUGGGAUAUUCUAGCGUUCAAUCGACACUAAUGGCAAUGCCGGAGCAUGCGAUUCAACUUGUAUCUGUCUUACUAGCGGGUGGUUUAUGUUCCUAUUUUGGCCAAGGACGGUGCAUCGCGAUGAUAUUGAGUAAUGUCUGCGUGUUGAUCGGCAGCGUACUUCUCUACACACUACCUACCUCGAUGAAACUGUCUCGCCUCGGGGCUGUCUACUCCCUGCUCACCUGCACGGUAUCCGAGAUUAUGUGCAUGUCGAUGAUAUCGUCCAAUAUCGCGGGAUUCACCAAGAAGGUUACUGUGAGCGCAAUGGUGUUCAUCGGCUACUGUAUCGGGCAAAUAAUCACUCCCCAGUUUUUCAUUUCGUCGGAAUAUCCGACGUAUCCAACGGGAUUCCGAGCGUAUUUUGUAACUUCGUCGAUGAUGGUGGUUUUGCAGAUCGCAUUAAUGCUAUAUUUGAUGAAGGAGAACAAGCGGCGCGAUAAAAUAGCGGAGGCAGUUGUGCUAGAGGAAAACCAUGGUCAUCGCGUACUGGAGACGGACUUGAUGGAUUUGACAGAUUGGGAGCAGCCGAAUUUCAGAUAUUCGUGGUGA